AUGCUCUUUCUUCCGCCCGUUCCGCCACUGGACGAGCCACCGGCGGCUACCAACGUAGACGGGCUGAAGAGGGGAAUACUACGCACGGCAGUCAACGGUAGGCUUCAAGUCGAACUCAAUGAAGGCUCGCGUAUCGGAGUAUGUAGAAGCUGUACUCAACCACUCGUACUCCGCAGCACCGUAGACGGCGCCUUGAGACGUCGUCUGACGUCUGACUACGUGAAAGUGGCUCUCAGCGCUUCGCACCGCGUUGCGAGACACACUGAGGUCUACGUUGUCUCGCGAAACGCAUCACGGUGGAAAAAACGCAGCGUAGACGGCCCCUAUAGACAUUUUGCCGCGCUUCUGCACGUAGAAGUCAAAAACGUGCGUACAAGGCCGUGCGGCUGA